AACUGUCAUACAUAAAAACAGAAGUCAAAAUCGAGCACAAAAACUUCAAAUUUUUUCAAAUUUUCUUUUGAAAUUUUUUAUUUUUUCAAUUUGUGAGAAGAAUAUAUAUUUUGUCUGAAUUUAUAACAAAGUAAAAGCAGCAAAACGGAGGGUUAUAAGCGGAGAAAUGAAAGCAGCUCUUGCAUGAGCGGCGAAGGAGUACCUGAGGCGCGUAGUAGAAAUGUGAUGUCGACAACAUCGUUGAAACCCAUGGAAACGUUGAAGGGUAUUUUCAGUGUGCCCAAGAUGGAGCGGAAUCGUCGAAACUUUCUACGUGAGAAUAAAUUGAGUUUACGAGAAUUGCAACGUGUAACCAACAAGAAUAAGAUGCAACAGCAGCAAGAGCAAAUGAUGCGAGAACAAAAAUAUAUUGGGCGACGUUCACAAUCCCAGCAACGUAGCAACAACAACAAUGGAUUAGACAAGCAAGGAAACACCCGCUGUCCAUCAUUGUCUCGAGUGCCCAGCGGUCGUGCUGUUGGCGGUUCUGUAACCGGUGGUUUCGGUGAUGGUGCCAAUCAUCACAUCCGAAAUGGCAUGUCGCGUACGAAUAGCACAACUACAGUAAAAUCUGUGCAUAAACAAGUCCAAACUGAAGAUAUACAAGACGAACAAUUUCUAUAUGAUGCGUUGAAGCGGUGUUCUGCCAACGAUUGUCAGUCUCGUUUAAAUGACCUACAGCCAAACCUUGCUCAAAGCUCGCACCAUACAGCAUUCGAUGGGCAGAGCCGCAACUCUUUUUACCCACCACCAAUUGAUGAUAUAGAUCAAAGAGGAUUUGAAAAUACCGAUGAACACCUAUACACUGCGCGGCAACAGUCUCAGAUGCAAGAUCAAUAUGAGCAGCAUCAUAAGAAGCACCAGUAUGCGGAACAACAUUAUAAUGGUCAACAACAGGAAGAUGCGCCUGAUAUUGAAGAUGUAGUUGGCACUGAGAGCGUUGAGCGCUUAUAUGUGCCAGAAGCAUCAUCCAAAUACAACUUUGCGCCAACCCCACGUUCUCAGCAGCACUUCACUAAUGGUUACAAUAUGGUGGACAGUGAUGGAUUGCCAGCUACGACAACAAUGCAAUCAUCAUACGAACCGCCUGAUCAACAACAGCAGCAUCAGCAACAGCCAGUGCGUUACCGCAUGCAACCACAUGUACAGGAUGAUGUGCGUAGCACUUUCGAGAAUAUGUCGUUAAACAAUGGUACUAGUGGCGGUAUCGACGACGGCGAUGUUGGCGCUGAUGGCGGUAUUACCGGCGGCGUGGAAGCCGUUUGCAUAUCUGGACGUAGCCGUCGCACAAAUUUUUCACAAAACUCUCAGCAAAGCAAUACUGACUUAACGAAGAAACGUUCCAAUGGCAGCAUACACAAGCUCGGUUCUCGCGAUAACUUGAGUCUGCCACGCUAUUUGGAGCGUGAGAAACGGGAAAAGGAGGAACAACUCCAACGUCAAAGCGAGCGUGAUCCGAAUUGCCCGCCAGGGCAUUAUCCGUUAUCGGACAAAGAGCGACAAGCAGCACUGCAAUCAGCUGAAACUAGAUUCAAAGCGCUUGUCAAUGAACUGAAUCACAUGCCGAUGACCACUGAAACAUUACGUAUGCGCGUUCGCAAAGCGGAAAUCGAAAAAGAACUGAAGCUACUUGAAACCGACAUAAGAGUAUUCUCCAAAACCAAGGUGUAUAUAAAACAUAAAGAAUAGGAGUUGUGAAGUCAACACAGAUGAGCGAAAAUGUAAAUUCGACCAACAGUCAAUGAGGCGUAAAAAUUGCAAUUAUAGAAAUAUGUGCAAAAAAUGUACCAAACUUGUAUUUUAAGCCACUCUGAAGGCAUAAAUGCCAUUUCCGUAUACUUGAA